GUUUGUUGUGAUCGGAGGAAGCCUUUGAAGAGUCGCAGAAAAUAAUCCCAAUAGUGAAAAAUCAUGGAGGGGGAAAGAGGAAGGAAGAUGAAGGAGAAAUUUGGCCUGAGGCAUGCCAUCCUGAGGGAGUUCCUGGCAGAAUUUCUGGGGAUAUUCGUCCUGAUACUCUUUGGAUGCGGUUCAGUGGCCCAGACCGUGCUGAGUAAAGGGGCUCUGGGAGAGCCGCUAACCAUCCACAUUGGUUUUACCCUGGGAGUUAUGAUGGCGGUCUACAUGGCUGGGGGAGUGUCAGGAGCUCAUGUGAACCCUGCUGUCUCAAUAGCCAUGGUGAUUUUGGGGAAACUUCCUUUGAAGAAAUUCCCAGUGUAUGUGGUGGCACAGUUCCUUGGAGCAUUUGUUGGUUCCUGUGCUGUCUUUGGUUUAUAUUAUGAUGCUUUGAUGGACUACACUGGUGGAAAACUCGAAGUUACUGGUGAAAAUGCAACAGCCAACAUUUUUGCAUCUUACCCUGCGAAACAUCUCUCACUGCUAAAUGGGUUUGUAGACCAGGUCAUAGCAACUGGUGCUCUGAUUUUGUGCAUCCUGGCCAUCACUGACAGGAAAAACAUCGGCGCCCCAAAAGGCAUGGAACCACUCUGCAUUGGCUUGAUCAUAAUGGCCAUCGGAGUUUCUAUGGGUCUGAACUGCGGCUAUCCCAUAAACCCUGCACGAGACCUUGGCCCACGAUUCUUCACCGCUGUGGCUGGGUGGGGCACUGAUGUGUUCAGAGCCGGGGGCUGCUGGUGGUGGAUCCCUGUAGUAGGACCCAUGGUUGGUGGAGCUGUUGGUGCUGGGAUUUACUUCCUCCUCAUUGAUUUGCACCAACCGGAGCCUCAGAAACAGGAAAACAACAUUCGGGACAAAUAUGAAAGCAUUACUCUGACUUAAAGUAAAGAAUCUAAACAAAAAUGCAUUAAGAUUCCAAAAAAAAUGAAAAUUUUAAACAAUCCAUUGGACUUUGUUGUCAAGUUUGAAGACCGUUCGCUUUCCAUCCAAAAAAAUUAAUUAGGAAAAUCUGAAAAGAUAUACCUUUUCAAUAAAGCCAUUUGAAUAAAUUCAUAUCCCAGUCAGUCCUGAUUUUCAAUGGAUUCUUCAAGUUGCUGCAGUAUUUUUGAUGACAAACAAUCAAACAACACAGGAUUCAGUAUUAAAAUGUGACCGUUUAUUAUGGAAAUUUGUUUCUGUGCAUUUUUUAUUUAAUAACUUUCAAGGGUAGGAGAGACUUUACUUUUUUUACUUUGUAUUUUUCAUGCACAUUAAAGGUACUUGUUUGUUGCUUUAUUAGGUCUGAAAUCGUGCUGCUUUUAUUUUAAGUCAGCCGUAAAUACAAAUAGUACCGUAAUAACUAUUUUUCCAGAUAUUUUUGGGGGGGUUACUUCUUAAAACUAGGGUACAUCUCUCAUUUAGGAAAAUGUUUGGUGUUCAGUCAAAACUGUUUCACAGUGUUAAAAACAAUUACAGCUCAGGACAUUUAAGCCUUCGUUGGAUUAAAGGAUAAUUUCGGGCUAUUUUUGUUUGUACA